AUGCGACGGGGCUUGGCAACAGCCAGCACUCCACAGGCAGCCCCAAACAAUAAAGUCAAACUUGUUGAAGUUGGUCCCCGGGAUGGACUGCAGAAUGAAAAAAAGGCCAUCCCCCUCGCCACCAAGAUAGAACUUAUUGAGAGGUUGGCGAGAACCGGUGUUUCUACCAUUGAGGCGGGCUCCUUUGUGUCUCCCAAAUGGGUCCCUCAGAUGGCGAACUCGAGCGAAAUCUUGGAGCAUAUUUUGCAGAAAAAAGUCCAGUCUCCAGUUCCGGUGACGUACUCGUUCUUGGCACCAAAUACCAGGGGGCUUCACAACGCGACCGACAUUCUAAAGGCCAACCCAAAGUCCUUUUCCCCUCAGGCGGAUGCUGAAACUGGUAGCAACGGGCAGGGCAAACCCGCUCUGGAAAUGGCAGUGUUUGCAGCAGCUACCGAGAGCUUCUCGCAAAAGAACCUGAACUGCGACAUCCAAACAUCCUUGGACCGGUUCAAGGCCGUGAUCCAAGACUCCAAGGCUCUUGGUCUACGGGUCCGGGCCUACAUAUCUGUCGUCUUGGGCUGCCCCUUUGAGGGGUUCGACGUCUAUCCUCAAAAGGUUGCCGAAAUCGCCACGGAGCUCCUCGAGGCCGGGGCUGAUGAGAUUUCGCUGGGCGACACCACGGGCAUGGGCACUGCUCCCCGGACAAGCGCGCUGCUCCGGUGCAUGUCCGCCGCGGGCAUCCGGACCGAGGAUAUCGCCAUGCAUUUCCACGACACGUACGGCCAGGCGCUGGUGAACACGGCUGUCUCUCUGGAGCACGGCAUCAGAACGUUCGACAGCAGCGUAGGCGGGCUCGGCGGCUGCCCCUACAGCCCCGGCGCGACCGGGAACGUUGCUACGGAGAACAUGGUCUAUUUCAUGGAGACUCUGGGGAUGGACACGGGCAUUGACUUGGAUGCCAUGUGCGACAUUGGGGCAUGGAUCACGGCAGAGUUGGGCAAGCCGAACGACAGCACUGUUGGGAAGGCGGUUCUCGGGGCCAGGGCGAGAGCCGCUUCCGAGGCGGGCAAAUCCGGGUAG